AGAUAUGUAAAGAGAACAGAAGAACAAAUACGUUUGAAAGAAAACAAUUUACGCAAAGUUCAGAAUAAGGCAGCUGAAUUUCAAGAGCGACUUGAAGUUCUGAAAUCACAAUAUGGAAAUGUCGGUAAAAUGUGCCACAAUUGUCACUUGCGAUUGGGUCACACUUCGAGAAAUUGCACGUUUGAUUCGUGCACAUCACUUUUUGAAUGUGGUCAAGAAAAGUUACAUCCUGGAGAAAAUGUUGGGAAACAAUACACAUGCUCCAUAAACAAACUAACAACCGAGUUAGAGCAGUUGCGUCGAGAUUUAGACAGUAAACUAAAAGCAUCGCAAAAGGUUAAAACCUCUAUUAAUCAUAACAUAGAACAACAGCUUUUAGAAGAAAACAAUGAUAACUACUACGAAGGAGGUAUAAAAAACUGGACUCUAUUACGAAAACACGUAUAUGCUUUACAAUCGUAUUGUAAAAAGUAUAUGAACGGAAAAAUUCCCCCUAGGCAUCAACUGAUGGAAACAUUGGACGAAGCGCUUGAAGAAUGCCAAGAAAAUACUCGAUCAGUUAAUCAAGCACGACCUCGCAAACACCGGAGUUUUACGAGCAAGGAUCUUCUUGAAAAACACGGCGUUGAAUUUCCAAAAAAACCCCAUAGUACUGAACAGUGUUCAGAUGAAACCGACUGCUUUCCGUCAAACACUCCCGUCUCAGCAGAUUUUUCUCGAUUACUGCCAGAAAACGAAAUUGAGGAAGCGGAACAGCUUAACAUUUGCAUUCGAGAAAGUAUGCGAACUAAUAGUAAUAGGGGACAAGUAGGUCAAAGGCAGUUUAGCCCAGCAAAUAAUGCGAGUAAUGAUCUGAUUAUGAAUGAAGGAACAACAUGCAUCCCGAAAAAGUCAUCAUAUUACCCUAUUUGUAACCCUACCACAAGCAUUUCGACAUCUACAAUCAGCUCAAAUGCACAGAUGAAGCCGAAAAGUACUUCAGAUUGCCCUAUUGGUAUCCCUACCCCAAGCAUUUCGACAUCUACAAUGUCAAUGAGCUCAAAUACACAAAAAAGUGCCCCACCUCCAGAUAGCGAAGUCGGCGAACAGACGUCUGACACACAAAGUGCAGCUGAAUUGUUGCUUUCUUUAGCUAACAUACAUUGA